AUGACAGAAAUCGUGAUGAGCCAGACCCCUCCAAUUCUCCAUGGCCCUUCAGAAAAGGAGCGUAAAUAUGACCGCCAGCUGAGGCUAUGGGCUGCAAGUGGCCAGUCCGCACUAGAGUCGGCGAAUAUCCUCUUGGUGAAUUCUGGAUCAGGAGUAGUUGGAGUAGAGACUCUGAAAAAUCUCGUAUUGCCAGGCAUCGGUCGCUUCGCCAUCUACGACGAGGCUUGUGUUAAUGAAGCCGAUCUGGGCGUGAAUUUCUUCCUGGAUGACAGCUGUCUGGGCAAAUCCCGGUCCCAGAGCCUAACCGAGCUCCUUCUGGAGCUGAAUCCGGAAGUGCAGGGCACAUGGUAUCCAAACGAGAGCGUCGAGGCCCUUGAGUCGGUCCUGGCUUCAUCACCAGUCUUCACAGUUGUCAUGUAUACACACCCCAUUAGUCCGAAACAGCUCUCUCUCUUGGAGGCCUACGGCCAAGAGCACAAAACCCCGCUGGUGGCAAUACACUCUGCCGGGUUCUACUCUUAUUUUCAGAUCAAUCUUCCUGGGGCUUUCCCGAUCGUCGAUACUCAUCCGGACGAGACGGCGACGACUGACCUUCGGCUGCUCUCUCCGUGGCCGGAGCUGGUUGCAUUCUCAGAGGGCCUAACCAAAGACAUAGACAAUCUAGACGACUUUGAACAUGGUCACCUGCCGUAUGUGAUGAUACUUCUCCACUAUCUCGAGCGGUGGAAAGCGACGCACGACGGGAAGUACCCCGCAACAUACAAGGAUAAGACCGAGUUCCGAAGGAUGGUGCAGAGCGCAGCGAGGACCAAUAAUCCCGAGGGUGGCGAAGAGAACUUUGACGAGGCCGCUGCUGCCGUUCUCAGGACCCUUGUGUAUCCGUCGCUGCCAUCAGGGUUGAAAGAGGUGUUCGAAUACCAGCAUACAGACCCCGUUGAGCAGAGAUCAGGGUUCUGGAUCAUUGCCGAUGCAGUCAAAAAGUUCUAUGACAAGCACCAGUGCUUGCCCCUUCCAGGCAAAGUCCCGGACAUGAAGGCUCAGUCCAAGGUGUACAUCCAGUUACAGUCCAUCUACAAGGCCAAAGCCCGCAAGGAUGCUGCCGAAAUAUUGGAGACAGUUCGGUCCAUGCCUGGGGGCCAGAACAUCGAUCCCGCAGAAGUGGAACUCUUCUGCAAGAACGCGGCCUUUGUCAAGCUCAUCAAUGCCACAGGAGGGAAGAUCAGCAGGGCAGAUCGCUUGAGGGCAGUAGCAGACCAAGAAUUCUCCUCAGAUCAGACGGCGGAACUGACGCUGUCCCCGCUCUCGCUUCUGCCAAUCUAUCUCGCCCUGCAGCCGACCGCUCACAUGACGGGCCUUUACUCCUCCUCACCUGACGCCAACGCCGCCGCCAACGCCAUUAGCGCUGACGAGAUCCUCAGGGGCGUCGCCGAGCUGGUGCCCGGGGCGGAGCAGAACGAGCGGGUUAUCCAGGCCGCACGCGAGGUGGCGCGAGCAGGCGGGGGCGAGCUGCACAACAUUGCCGCUCUGACGGGCGGGAUGGUAGCGCAGGAGAUGAUCAAGAUCAUCACCAAGCAGUACGUUCCAAUCGAUAACACAUGCGUGUUUGACGGCGUGGCGAGCCGCUGUCAGGUGCUGAGGUUAUGA